CUUUGAUCAUCCCUCCAUGAAUAUCUUAAUUCAUGUCUUUAAAUACUCCUCGUAAACAAGUCCCAUUAGCAAGUGGGGACGAGACGCCUCGUAAACCUUCCGCUCCAUCUCUGACCAGACGGGUUUUCUAUUGCGGGGUUGUUGUUGAGGGAUGCGAUAGUGGCAGAAGGUUGCCCGAAGAUGUUCAAGAUCUGGUUCUAUCUCUAGGAGACCCUUGGUUGAGUCAGAAUGAUAGCCACAUUCUGCCUUCCGCGACAGACACUACGUUCUCAGAACAUCACCAGCCAGACGGCUUGCAGCGUAAACGCGCACUUACAGAUUCGACGGCUCUGACUGAUGUGGUUAACGAACUCGUCAAUACCGAGCGUUCGUACGUCAAGCGGCUUCGAAUACUGAAGAACGACUAUGCAGACCCGUUGCGACAAUUCUCCCGGAAUAAGAACACCGCAAUAUUGCCUCCAUACGAGGCUAAAACGUUGUUCGGGAAUAUCGACAACUUUCUCCCAGUUAACGAGACUUUCCUACUGGAUCUCGAGAAGAUGGUUGCACCCGAUGGUCCCAAAACAGUUGGGGGUGUCGGGGACGUUGCCCUGCGACAUUUCAAAGAUUUACGAGGGUUCGAGCACUACAGACAGUACUACGUCAAGCGAGAGGAAGCCCAGUCAAUAUUUGAACGCGAGAUGAUGAAGAAAUCGUCUGGUUUUGCCGCAUAUAUUGAUCGGAUCAAGUAUUCGACCGCUGAUACCAGGAAUCGUGUUGGUUUGCGCGAGCUACUCAUGGAUCCUGUUCAGCGUAUUCCGCGAUAUACGUUACUCUUUCGUACUAUGAUCAAGUACAUGGCACCUGAAGAUCCACAGCGCGCCAAAUUGGUAGAAGCCGAUGAAAUCGCCAGCAAGAUCGCUCUUGCGGAAACAGACGAACAAACCAAGCGAGCAGCAAUUAUGCAUUGCCUUAACGCAACAGUAGAUGGUUUUCCUCCUGGCUUAAUUUCAAUUUCACGACGGUUCAUCGAUUGCAUUGAUGUCAAUGAUAUCGUGCAAGAUGGCCCAGUCUCCGCAUCGUCCUCCGUUUCUAGCAUCCCUCUUAACGUGCUGCAUUGUACCUUAUUUCUUUUCGAUGACAAGUUGAUGAUCGUCAAGCGACCUGGCAAUGGCGAGAAGAGUGGUCGUUUACUAGCUGGAUUGGACGACGUUGACAGACUUGCGAAGAGCGGUGGUUUGCCAUCGGGCAUGAAGAAAAGUGGCUUGAGUUGCAAGGGUGUCAUUGAUCUGCCCGACAUCGUCGCUGCUGACGUCGGUGGUGCUGACUUCCACAUAUAUAUCGAGAAUCCACCUCAAGACCAAAGUGAUCGCUGGUCCGGUCGCUCGUUCCGUUCCCUCUCCACUGUCUUGCCUCCUGCACCAAUAAACUUCGACCCUACUCGAACUGCCACUGAGAAGGACCGGUUCCUUGAGAAUCUAUGGAAUGCUCAGGCGAAAUAUAGAACUCGGUCAGGACAAUCUGUCGUUUUGUGCGCUGAUGAGCGCGAGGUAGAGUCAAGGGGAGGAAAGGUUUCUAUGGCUCGUACUUACUUUAAUGUUUAUCAACGAACGGCCUUUUUGCAAGAGCCCAAAAAGACCAAGAUCGUCAUGCAUAUAGACACGUUGGGCACCGCAGACCCCAUUCCGUUCGGGAUGGAUGGGCCGCCAUAUGUGGUGGUCAGAAUCCAACCCAUGGCAGGGGAAAUUUCGCGGUAUACAGUUACCUCCAGCGAUCCGACAGAUGAAUCGGAGGAAGACAUUGUUCAGACCGCAAGGAUUCCGGGUCGCAUUGUCCAAACAAUCCAUCAAUACGGCCUGUUCAAGUUCAAAACCGGCAAUGACUCCCGUCCCGCUACCCCAACCGUGAGCUCAAGGUCUCGGGCGCAUAUAUUUAGCCUGGAUGCGAUCUCGAGAAAUCUAUUCAACGCAAUACCAGGCUCCUCCAAGGGCGAUUUCUUCGGAGGCUCCAUAAGUAGUCAUCGCAGGUCGAAGUCCUCUGCCAGCCGUUCAUCCAUCUACACCCAGACAACAACGACAGGCGACGGCAGUUUAACCAAGUUCUCUCGUCGAUCCACUUCGACAGCUACUGCUCCAACUUCCCUGGCAGACGAUGACUCUCUCUAUGCUAGCAAAUCUUCGAGUUCGCGCAAAAAAUUGUUCAAAAGAGGUCGUUCACCGGGUAAUGAUAGUUCCUCUCCGCUAUCACGGUCGACGUCUCCGUCACGGGACAGUCCCAGAGCAUCAUUCUACAGCGACGGAGAGGAAGAAUUACCAGUUCGCCAGGACCCAUCUGACCAAGAUUUAUCAAUGCGUCUAGAACUCGCACGACGAAAUAGUCAGAAUCAGCACGGAAAGCAGGCCGUGACGCCUUCGUUGGAUAGACCAACAGAAGAGACGAUCUAUGAAGAUGAUCCACCCCAGCCUUUACGUCCCACGUCUCGAGCCUCUACAGUAAGGGACGCGGCAAGUCAACGAUCGACGACUCCCCGUCCUACGUCAACUUCUCCGGACAGGAGGUCAGGGCGAUCUAAUUCUCCACAUUCCGGCGAUGGCAGGCGGUUUGGUCCCCGUAGCAUCUCCCCAUUGCCACCGAAGAGUCUAACGAGUACUGCACCCGGUCUUCCAUCCAUGGAUGACGAGCUUGCGUUGGAAGCACACCUACAUAUUUUUCACAAUGAUUCAUCCCUCGUUGAGGAUGACGUCCCAUCUCCACUACCACGCAGUAGGCGUCAGCCAUUCGUUGUGACUGGGAAUAUGGAUUCUACGCCGAGGCCGCCCAACUCAACAACAGGCAGUGUGGAGCCGCUCUCAAUCAAGAAGAAGCCAUCGACCAGGUCAAGUGCAUAUACUCCAAGCCGUAAAUCAUACACGAGAAAUUCUCCGCUGUCCAAAACCACAGCGAGGAUUGUGUCUCCGCGCAAAGUUUCACCUCAAAUUCGAACCACACGUAUUGCCCACUCUCCUCAUUCCGCCCAAGUUGACCAUGCAGACGAAUUGUUGCGAAUCUCCCAGUCUACCAAAGAUGAUGUCGAGUCAUCACAUCGUGCCAUUAAACGGAUGAAAUUGGACCUGCAGGAGAUUCGAACUAGUGAUGAAUCAGCGAGUCAUGAUGAACCAUGGAGAUGCCCUUCUCCUGAUAAGUCACUAGCUCGUACUCCGCAGCGGACUAAUCCCGCACCCAUUACCAGGGAGGCGCAGCAACGGCUAGAAGAGAUGAGGCAAUUAAUAGGUAAACGCCAGCAGGAGGGUACCCCUCGCAGUCGACCACGGAGUUUUGCACUAGAAGUAUCCACGCCUGGACCACCUGCCACGCCGAGUGCAUCAACCGUCAGCCUGCUGGGCGAGUCUGUUGCUGAUGCUGACAAAUUUUUGGCUUCCGCUUUAUCAAGCCAUGAGACAUUGCAUCAGAGUCUUACGCAAGUGGUAUCUGAUUUCAAGGAGAAACUAUCUGAAUUGGAGAAAGCUCGCGUGGAACUUCAGAAUACGAAACGUCAAUGCGAACUCGUAAAGAGUCUUCUUGCAGAUGCCACUGCGGAGAAGGAGAUCAUGUAUGAGGCAUUCAACGAGGAGCUAGAUGCGAUGUAUAACGACGCACAUCUCCCGGAUGACGAAGCCUGGACCAACAUGACGGCUGAUCUUCGUGAGACGAAGGAAUCGCGGAAUGCACUUCGGAAAGAGAACUCGCAACUUAAAAGGAGACUAGCUGAGGUCGAAUCUGAAAAGGAAGAAUGGGGUGCAUUGCUACGAGCACAUGGACUUAUCCCUUAGUUUCAGUGGAAUAUCUUAUUUAUCUGUUACCAUUUGCUUGUAUAUCGUUAUCAUCUCUGCAUACUGACAUGUAAUUCUAAUCAUCCCAUAUAUCUCCAUAUUGUAAGGAAGGAGUCCCGGAGCGUUCGGUUCUGUGUCUCUUUGUCCUUGGCAAGCUGGUUACGCCCCACUCUUUGCAAUUCGGAACU